UGGUUCCAACCGGAAAAGAGAAUGUGGCGCGCGAUAGGGGCUGUUGUUGCUUAAACUAUACAGUUAGUGAAUUUUAAAGUCUGUACUCCAAAUGAUAAAGUCAAGCUGUUUUAAAAUAAAAAAGCAAAGUAAGAAGACGGACUUAAUUAUUUGUCAUUGAGAAGAAACAGGAAUUACUUUCUAGCCAUAAUGCCUCGGAGAAAGAGACCUGCCGGGAGCAGCUCAGACGGGACCGCAGACUCGGACGACUCCACAGAGCAGGAGAAGACCGACAGCUCACACAGUGACGCGAAUCCUCGCAGUAAUGCACGCUUGACCAGAGCUUCUGUCCGCCUCAGUCAGAGCUCUCAAGACGUCCCAGCAGACGUGAAGCAAGUCGUAGAGAGAGACGAGUCGCCACCCAGGACUCCGACAGGCAACGCUCCUUCAUCCGAGUCAGACAUCGACAUCUCCAGUCCCAACGCGUCCCACGAUGAAGGCGCAGCCAAGGACCAGAAAGACUCAGGCAGCGAUCCCUCUCAUCGGCCAAAGCGCCGCCGCUUCCACGAGAGCUAUAACUUUAACAUGAAGUGCCCCACACCUGGCUGCAACUCUCUGGGACAUUUAACUGGAAAACAUGAAAGACACUUCUCCAUAUCCGGCUGUCCUCUUUACCAUAACCUAUCAGCUGACGAGUGCAAGGUGAAGGCUACUGAGCGGGAAAAACAAGAAGAGGAAAGAAGCCAAACUCAGAAUGAGGACACCAGACAUGCAACACGUCACCAGACCACAUUUUGUUCAUCAUUUGUCUCGUCUUCAUCCGCUUAUCUGGGGCCGGGUCGCGGAGGCAGCAGUCUGAGCAUGGAAGCCCAAACUUCCCUUUCCCCAGACACCUCAACCAGCUCCUCGGGAAGAACACCGAGGCGUUCCCAGGCUCCUACUGCAAGGCAGGUAAAAUAUAAGGAGAAAGUUCAAGAAUUGAGGAAGAAGAAGGACACCGGACUGUCAAAGGAGCAGAAAGAAAAGUACAUGGAACAUAGGCAGACCCAUGGAACAACUCGAGAGCCACUCUUGGAGAACAUCACGAGUGAAUACGAUCUUGAGCUAUUUAGAAAAGCCCAAGCAAGAGCGUCUGAGGAUCUGGAGAAGCUGCGCAUGCAAGGUCAAAUCACUGAAGGCAGUAACAUGAUAAAAACCAUUCUGUUUGGUCGCUAUGAGCUGGACACCUGGUACCACUCGCCUUACCCAGAGGAGUACGCCCGGCUCGGCCGCCUCUACGUUUGUGAGUUCUGCCUGAAGUACAUGAAGAGCCAGACCAUCUUGCGCAGACACAUGGCCAAGUGUGUGUGGAAACACCCCCCAGGAGAUGAGGUUUACAGAAAAGGAGCCAUCUCCGUGUUUGAGGUGGAUGGGAAAAAAAACAAGAUCUAUUGCCAGAACCUGUGUUUGCUGGCUAAGCUGUUUCUGGACCAUAAGACACUGUAUUAUGAUGUUGAGCCCUUCCUCUUUUAUGUCAUGACUGAGGCUGACAACACAGGCUGCCAUCUUGUGGGAUAUUUCUCAAAGGAGAAAAACUCCUUCCUGAACUAUAACGUGUCCUGCAUUCUCACCAUGCCACAGUACAUGAGGCAGGGCUAUGGCAAGAUGCUGAUUGAUUUCAGUUAUCUGCUGUCCAAGGUGGAAGAGAAGGUAGGAUCUCCUGAAAGGCCUCUCUCUGACUUGGGGCUCAUCAGCUACCGCAGCUACUGGAAGGAAGUCCUGCUGCGCUACAUGUACAACUUCCAGGGCAAAGAAAUCUCCAUCAAAGAAAUCAGCCAGGAGACUGCUGUGAACCCUGUGGAUAUUGUCAGCACUUUGCAGUCACUGCAGAUGCUGAAGUACUGGAAGGGGAAGCACCUGGUUUUAAAGAGACAGGAUCUGAUCGAUGAUUGGAAAGCAAAAGAGACCAAACGAGGCACCAGCAACAAGACCAUAGAUCCAAGUUCACUGAAAUGGACCCCUCCCAAAGGAACCUAGGAAGUCGCAUUGAAUACUGUCUUUUCUCCCAUUUCAGCCCUCUGCAUACGUCAACGUCUUUUCCAAUGAAUUUAUAGCAUUCAUUGUUAUUUUGGUCUCUGUGUGGCCUUUGAAUUUCUGCCUCUGUAGUAAUUUUUUGUUGUUGUUCUCGUGCAGCUGUAAUUAUUUUACAGAUCCUGUCUUAUGAGCACAUGUUUCAGUGUUUUGCUAUUCAAAGGAUGAUUUUUGACAUUAACUUAAAGAAGAUACACCCAAUCCUUAAAGAUUUCCAACACACCUUAAUACUGUAUUCAGAUGUCACCGAAGACCUUGAUUAACCGGCUCGGCUCUAAUGAAACUGAACUAAAUAACAAUAGGAAUUGGGUUGGGCCAGUCAGUUUCCAAGUAUAGGCGGCACUACAAUGUGUUCAUACAGUUCUCGCACCCAGUUCAACUGAUGAAAGAUUUGAUGAUUAACUGAAUAUUUCAGUCAGGUGUUUUUUUUAUAUCCGGGAUGACACUGUACUGAUAGCUACGCACGACAGGCGCCUCCCAGGACAGGAAUUUGACAUCUAUAUUUUACAUAUCGGGCUUGAUGCUCCUAUUGGUGUCAAUUUCAUUGUAGUGUAAUCAACACACAAACAGUAUUUCAUCUUUUCUAUUUCUCAUCAGUGAGCUCUUUUUUUUUUUUUUUUUUUGGUCAUGCUCAGAUCUCAAAUAAAACAAAACAUUGAAAAGUGCA